GAUGAGGGAAGUGCGAACGCGACUAAGAAGGGUGUUAUUUCCUUCGGCCUGAUGAUUUUGCGCGUUACUAAAAGAAAUCCCCUUGAUUUCAAUGGUUAUGGCUGCUACUGUGGACUUGGUGGGGAAGGCAAACCCGUGGAUGAUUUGGACAGGUAAUCUAACAAAGCUUUCUUUAGAUCAGCAUUACUGAUUUUCCAAGUACCCUGCGUGAUGAUUACAUUGAAAAGUUGAGGAGAGAGAAAAACAUACUGUCCGCUCCACUUUGUACACCACAGGAUUAAACCCAGUGGUGAAAUUACUUCAUUUAAAUAGUUGGGUGGAAUAGUCGACAAAACCCAAAGGAAUGGAAAUGGACCCUUGUAAUCUAUUAACCUAUCAUGCUCUAUCAUUUUAAAAGGAGUAUACGCUCAUAAAGUUGUCAGAAGAUGAUAAUGAAGCGUACUAUUCUGUUAGACAAGAACUGUUACCCCCCAAAAGUAGACACCAAGAACAACAUUAAAAAGAUUAAAAAGUGGAUAAAUCUAUUUCAGGUGUUGCCAAGUUCACGACAAAUGCUAUGGCGACAUUAUGCGGUCGAAGGUUUGCCCUUUCAAGAAAGGAGUUUAUGUUCUCCCCUACUCAACAAAACGGAAUCACCCUACCGAAUGCGGUAAGUCAAAGAAAAUGACUUACGUAAUCCUAUGCAUAAAGGUAAAAACGUCUGUUAUGUAGUUUAGCUGGUUUUAUUGUGUGUGUGCUUUUGCUUUUUUAUAGGUUAAUGUUCAGUUGUACUCAGUUUUCGUUUUCCAGUUUCUUUUUUUUUUUUUAAGAUAAUUCGUUACCAUAUACCUGAACUUACGAGCACAUUUUAGAAAUUUCGUUGGCUGUGGUACAUUAGGGGAACUUGAAACAGUUAUUUUAAUUGGUUCUCUGUUGUAAAAAUUUUAACUAAAUUCUCUCAUUUUACUUCAGAACCUCCAUCUCAUUACUGGUUUUGGAAAAAAUGCCGCUUUCGCUUGUGCAAGUGCGAUGCAGCUGCUGCUAAAUGCUUUAAGAAGAGUCGCUAUCACAAGAAGUAUAGAAAAUACCCACAGAACAAGUGUAGGAACGGCAAGCCUUCUGAAAAGUGACGAAGAAACAUCGCAACUGUUUUCGCUUUGAGUUUGUAAUUGUUUGCUAGAUGAAUAAAAGAGCAAAGAUCCCUUUUAGUAUAGUCUGGCUUCGUAGAAACUGCCACAGGUACAUGUCGCCUACCGAUUAUUUUUGUUGAUUUGGUGAUGUCGUUUCGAAAAAAUAACCCAACCGUAUAUUAUUUUAAACCUUUUCCAUCAAUGUACUUUACCAAAUCAACAUAGAGUAUCUGGCCUACAGAACAUUGAACUAUCUUAAAUCCCGGUUUACUGCGUCAAACUUAAAGCCAGAGUUUCUGAAGAACUACUAACACCAGAAGCAAAUAUCAGUUUCAUCUUCUUAGAAAAUGAUCCAGUGCGCAUGACUAUGCGACCAAAUCAAUUUACCAGUUUCACUUCCUUGUUAGAAAUACACAAACCAUUCACGUAAAUAGUUUAUUUACAAUGUUUUCUUUUUCAACGUGUACGUGUCACAUUUAAGUAAACAUGUUCAUCCCAGUAAUUCAUUGGUGCAUAGACUCCAUGUAAACUUCAGGUUUUUAUAAAUUUUACUACAUCCAUUUUGGAACCACUGGUGGUCCCUCUAAUUGGCUCUAUUUAUUCACGAAUAGCAGCAUUUUUUGCUCUAAAUCGUAUCUUCUGUCCAGCCAAUGAUAAAGUUACACUUAAGAUAAAACAACCAAUCAGAUUUCAAGGCUUGUUUAAAUUAAUCAAUAAAAUUGCAGGAAAAUGAAAGACAAAGAGUAUCAUGACGCAAAUUUUGCAACUUUUGUUUCAAAACUCUUAUUUCCCCCAAAAUGGAUGAAUUUAAUUACUUCCAGUUUUUGAAUGAUGACAAUGAGAUCCUUCAGGCUGAAGACCAACAUUCCAGGGAUUUUACCACUUUUCGUGUACAUUUUGGUGAAUAUUUUGACGAUUUUCUACCUUCUCGAGCUCAAAAUCCGCGCGAUCCCGAGUCCACUGAGUCAGCAACAAACGAAGAAAAUCAAGAGCCACCUAAAGAGUUGGAUUUUUCAAGAUUUCCUAUCAUUUCAAGCAAUGAAAUGAAUGAGCUUAAGUCUGUCGCUUCGAAUAAAAAUACGUGCCGCUAAACACAACAAUGGAUGAAUGUUUUAAGAAGCUGGUGUCAAUGCCGCCAUCUUGAAUAUGUCUCCAUCGAAACAAUGGCGCCUGAAGAGCUUGACAAGGUCCUGAGUAAGUUUUAUGCCGAAGCGAAAAAAAAAGGAUGGAGAUAAUUACGAGCCAGAAUCCCUUAAAAUCACGCUGAGUGCCAUUGAACGGUAUUUAAAGGAGAAGAACUAUCCAUUGAGCAUUGUGCGAUCGAGGGAGUUUCACUCCUCACAAGAAAUCCUCAAUGUGAAAGCAAUUUCCCUGCGUCAACAAGGAAAGUGAAAGAGACCCAACAAAACUCAGCCAAUCACACCUGAAGAAGGGUCAGCCCUGUGGGAAAAAGGUCAGUUAGAUGAUUUCACGACAAAUGCUAUGACGACAUUAUACGGUCGAAGGUUUGCCCUUUCGAGAAAGGAGUUUAUGCUCUCCCCUACUCAACAAAACCGAAUCACCCUGCCGAAUGCGGUAAGUCAAAGAAAAUGACUUACGUAAUCCUGUGCAUAAAGAUAAAAACGUCUUUGCUAGGUAGUUUAGCUUGUUUUUUUGUGUGUGCUUUUGCUUUUUUAUAGGUUAAUGUUCAGUUGUACUCAGUUUUCGUUUUCUAGUUUCCUUUUUUUAGAGAUAAUUCAUUACCAUAUACCUGAACUUACGAGCACAUUUCAGAAAUUUCGUUAACUGUGGUAUAGUAGGGGAACUUGAAACAGUUAUUGGAAUCAGUCCUCUGUUGUAAAAUUUCUGGAAGAAGUUCUUUAAAAAUAGUAGACAACAGUAUUUUAACAUAAAUUCAUUUUACUUCAGAACCUGCAUCUCAUUACUGGUUUAAAGGAGAAUGCCGCUUUCGCUUGUGCAAGUGCGAUGCAGCUGCCGCUAAAUGCUUGAAGAAGAAUCCCUAUAACAAGAAGUAUAGAAAAUACCCGCAGGACAAAUGCAAGAAUGACAAGCCUUCUAAAUUUGAUGAAGAAACAACACAACCGUUGUUUUUCAUUUGA